AUGCAUCCCUCAGACUCACCCAGACCUUGCAAGCGCCAGCGUACGAUGGUGACUCCUCCAUCGACCAUUCACGACCCGGAGUCGACGUCUAUCCUUGAUCGCGCCACUCGGGUCCUUUCCAUCGAAGCCACUGCACUAUCCCACGUCACCAGACUGUACCAGACAGAUCCUCAUGCCAGAGAGGGACUGCUCGGAGCGGUUGAAUGCAUCACCAGAUCACAGGCUGCUGGAGGAAAGGUGAUCGUGUGCGGUGUGGGCAAGAGUGGCCUUGUUGGCAGAAAGACCGUCGCGACGCUGAAGAGUCUGAGCAUCGCUGCCAGCUUCAUGCAUGCUGCCGAGGCCGCACAUGGUGACCUUGGCGAUAUCCGCGAGGUAUNNCACGACGUGUUGUUCUUCAUCUCGUACAGCGGCAAGACUCCCGAACUGCUCAACCUGAUUCCACACCUGCCUCGUCAACUCCAGAUCGUCGCCUUGACCUCGCAAUCGAAGGCAUCCGAAUGUCCCCUCCUGAAAGAGCAUGAGAACGGUAUAUUGCUUCCGGCACCUUUGUUCGAGCUGGAAGAAGUUUCGUUCGGUGUGUCGGCACCAACAACAUCCACGACCGUCCAGAUUGCCAUUGGCGACAUGCUGGCACUCACCGUGGCAGACCAGCUGCACGAAAACAAGGGCAAGACCUUCAAGAAGAAUCACCCUGGAGGCGCCAUUGGAGCAGUGACCAGAGAAUCGGCGAAGAGUAUCGCCGACGCUCGUCAACAGCCUGUUACUCCUCUUGAGGUCGUUCCUCUCGAAUUGCCGUCCCCGAGUCUCUCCGCACAGAGCGAUAUCUGA